AUGGAGAACGUUGAUGGCGACUGUGGCGGAGAUGCAGAUGAUAAGUGGCAAAUGGUUGGGCUGGGUGGUCCACAUAGAGAUGGUCAUAGCUCCGACGGGGUCAGUGAGAAGCGAAAGAUUUUGAUGGUGACGUGCUUUACUGUCAAGUGGGUGGUGGUGCUGGCGGUUGUGACGGCGUCGCUUCUGGUGUUGCCGCCGAUACUGCCACCAUUGCCUCCGCCGCCAAUGUCGCUGAUGUUGUUUCCGGUGGGGAUAAUGGCUUUUCUCACUUUCUUGGCUUUCUCCCCUGCCGACCGCACCGCCAAUGCCGUUGUUUUCACCGUCUAA